AUUGAAAACCUAACUUAAAAAAAAAAACUCAAAAGUCUAAAACCACCGACCCAAACCCAAAACCUGUCCAGCUAUACAGACUCCAUUAAACAAUAAUUCAUCGAACUUUUCUUCACUCUCACUUCUCAGUUCUCACUCUCUUCUUACACAAAAACCCACACUUUCUUCUCUUCUGAGAUCAGUAACAAAAAAACCCAGAACACAAAAAAUAAAUCUUCCAUUGAAGAAGAUCUUCAAAGAAAAACAUCAAUGGCGGUUGCUGGGAGAGGAGGACGAGGUGGGUCCGGGUCGGGUAUUGCAGGAAUACGUAGUAUAAUGUCAUACCCGAUCUUCGUUUCCGUCAUUUUCUCUCUCCUCUUCCUCGCUGCUCUUAAACUCCUCUUCACCUCUCCUUCUUAUCCCUCUUCUUCAGAUCCCGACAUGCCGACAACAGGGAAUGCAUAUAUUCAUAGGUCAUUUCUAGCUUUGAAGUCAGAUCCGCUGAAAACCAGGCUUGAUUUGAUUCAUAAACAAGCCCAUGAUCACAUAAUGCUUGUAAAUGCCUACGCUGCCUAUGCAAGGAAGCUGAAACUUGACAAUUCACGGCAGCUUAAGCUGUAUGAUGACUUAGCACAGAAUUUUACAGAGAUGCUGUCUAAACCUGCCUACCGUGGUGCUUUGUUUGAGACGGAAGGCACUGUGGAUGAGGAUGUCUUGAGGCAAUUUGAGAAAGAAGUGAAAGAUAAGGUGAAGGUUGCGAGGUUGAUGAUUGCUGAAGCUAAAGAGUCGUAUGACAAUCAGUUGAAGAUUCAGAAACUGAAGGACACUAUAUUCGCAGUUCAUGAGCAGUUUGUUAAAGCGAAAAAGAAUGGUGCUUUGGCAAGCUACGUUGCUGCGAAAUCUGUGCCCAAAAGUUUGCAUUGUCUAGCUAUGAGGCUUGUUGGAGAGAGGAUUGCCAAUCCAGAGAAAUAUAAGGACGAAGAGCCGAAACCUGAGUUUGAGGACCCAACUUUGUAUCAUUAUGCAAUAUUCUCAGAAAAUGUCAUAGCUGUAUCAGUUGUUGUGAAUUCAGUGGUAAAGAAUGCAAAAGAGCCGUGGAAGCAUGUUUUCCAUGUGGUGACAGAUAGGAAGAUUGUUGCAGCAAUGAAGGUUUGGUUCAAGAUGCGACCUGCUAGAGGGGGAGCCCAUGUUGAGGUGAAAGCUGUGGAAGACUUCAAGUUUUUAAAUCCGUCAUAUGUGCCAGUGCUUAGACAACUUGAAUCAGAAAAGUCACAAACACAUGAUUCUGAGAAUCAGGCAGAGAAUGCUACUAAAGAUCUCGGCAACUUGAAAUUCACAAAUCCCAAAUACUUGUCGAUGCUGAGUCAUCUCCGGUUUUACUUGCCAGAGAUGUAUCCUGAUCUGCACCGUAUUAUGCUCUUGGAUGAUGAUGUUGUGGUUCAGAAGGAUUUGACAGAUUUGUGGAACAUUGACCUAGAUGGUAAGGUGAAUGGGGCUGUUGAGACAUGCUUUGGGUCCUUCCAUAGGUACUCGCACUACUUGAAUUUCUCUCAUCCUCUAAUUAGGGAGAACUUCAACCCCAAAGCUUGUGCCUGGGCUUACGGGAUGAACAUAUUUGACCUGGAUGCUUGGAGGCGUGAGAAAUGCACAGAGCAGUACCAUUACUGGCAGAACUUGAAUGAAGAAUCUACCUUGUGGCAAUUAGGAACACUUCCGGCUGGCCUGGCCACAUUCUACUCUAAAACAAAAUCCUUGGACAAGUCGUGGCACAUCCUUGGGCUUGGUUACAACCCAAGUGUGAGCAUGGAUGAGAUCACUAAUGCAGCGGUGGUUCAUUUUAGUGGGAGCAUGAAGCCUUGGCUUGAUAUUGCCAUGAAUCAGUAUAAGGAGCUAUGGACCAAGUAUGUGGAUAAUGACAUGGAGUUUGUGCAGAUGUGCAAUUUUGGCUUGUAGACGUUUAUGGUUCUUCUGAAUCUUCUCUUUUAGCAACAAGGUAACCGGAAAGUGUUAUAUAGUCAAAAAUUCAUCCGAGUUACUCAUACUUGUUAGAUCUGCUCGCAAGCCCCCCAAAAAAGUUUAGUUAUGCUAACUCACAUUCUUUUUCCUAUUGGUCCGUUUGCUUUCUUGAUCUUUCUUCAUCUUUCCAUCAGCCACAAAGGUGCUCCUGUUGGCCUGUAGUCAAACACCCAGCUUGGGUAGUUUAUAUACAGAAUGUAUUCUUCUAUGACACUUAAUGUGCCUGGAUUAGCGAUAUGUAGACAACAAUUUGAUAAGUGAUUAAGAUUACACGAUUGCUCUUAGUUUUUAAUUGUAUGUAUACUCGACUUGGUAUAUUGAAGAUGGUUUACAAUGGUAAAUCUUUUGGUGGCUUCA